CGCCUUCUCGGCACUUCACUAUGGAGCGAUACGACAGCGCACAUUAUAAAAUCCCGACCCGCGUCUCGAAUAUCCAAAGAAGUUGUAUAAACUGUCCCAGUUGACUUGCAAACGCAGGAAAGCCACAGUUCUUUGAUUCCGGCAAAUUUGGCGAGGUGAGAUAAAAGCCCCACGCGCCUUCUGAGCAAGUACGCAUCACGUGAGUGGACGUCUGCGUUACGGAAGUAAAGGUUAGUUUCUGACUGAAGCGCUGACUCUCCCACGCGCUUUCGACCAGCAGAAGAAACCAUUCAUUCAUCUCUUCUCCUCGUUUGAUUCGAUUGGAUUCGACACGAAAACAUGCGAAGCAGAUUGUGUCAUUGAACAUUCCCCACGUUCGCACGUCAGCUCGUCGGAUCCAAAUUCGAUCGAUCGAUCGAUCGGAACGCAAGGGAAGGGAAGAGAAGAAGACUCGGACUGAGGUCAGCGCCCCGCCGUCAGUGAGGACCAAUGGACGCCGCCGCGGCUGUUGACGAUGAGAGGAGCGUGGAGGACGCCCUGUCCUAUGCGAUCCUCCUCUCCGAGCGCGUCCGGUCGGCGGCCGAGCACGCCGAGUCCUUCAAGUCCGACUGCUCCGAGCUCCGCAAGCAGGUCGACCGCCUCUCCCCGACACUCCGCUCCCUCGUCCGUUUCGCCUCCUCUUCCUCCCUCUACGACCGUCCCGUCCGGCGGAUCCUCUCCGACAUAUGCGACGUCCUCGACCGGGCCCUGGCCCUGGCCCGCCGCUGCAGGCGGCAGAACUUCCUCCGCCGGGUCGUCACCAUCACCAGCGCCGCCGAUUUCAGGAAGGUCCAGAACCUUCUGGACGCCUCCGUGGGGGACAUGAAGUGGCUGCUGAGCAUCUUCCGGGCUGACGGGGACGGCGGGAUUGAGCUCUCCCUGCCCCCGAUCGCGAGCAACGACCCGAUCCUCUCCUGGGUUUGGUCCUUCAUCGCCUCGAUUCACUACGGCGAGUCCAGCGACCGUGUCGAGGCGGCCAACGAGUUGGCCUCGCUGGCAAAGGACAAUGAUCGGAACAAGCAGAUGAUUGUAGAAGAAGGCGGGAUUCCCCCGCUGCUGAAGCUCUUGAAAGAAGGCUCCGACCCGGAGGGGCAAAUCGCAGCUGCUACAGCCCUCAUCAGCAUAUCGAACGACCAGGAUAGAGUCUGGGCGAUCGUGAAGGAGCUUGGGGUCCCGAUCAUCGUCCAGGUGCUCGGUGAAUCCCCGAUGAGGGUUCAGAUUCUGGUGGCUAAUCUGGUGGCGAAAAUGGCCGAGCACAACCCACUGGCACAGGAGGAUUUCGCGUGUGAGAAUGCUAUUCGGCCGCUUGUCACAUUGCUCGCAUUCGACAUGAUCAUAGGUGAUGAUAGGAGGGCUCAGGAGAAUGGCAAGGCGAGCAUCCACUCCAUUCUUGAGAUGAACAGGAGAAGGGGCGAAAGCUCGAAAUUGGGUAAUCCUCAUAACAGUCUUCGUCAUCUGAAUUCGUACUCGUAUCCGACAUGGGAUGGCAGUUCUAGAGCAGGGAGCCAUAGGAGGGAGUGGGAGAAUGAGACUUACGAGGUCAAGCUGAAGCUUAAGACGAACUGCGCGAGGGCUCUGUGGAUGUUAUCGGCGGGGAGUAUAUCCAACAGUCGUAGGAUUACUGAGACAAAGGGACUGCUCUGUUUGGCAAAGUUGAUCGAGAGAGAACGAGGCGAGUUGCAGUACAACUGCCUAAUGGCAGUGAUGGAGAUCACCUCUGCAGCCGAGUCGAGUGUUGAUCUCAGGCAGGCGGCUUUUAAGACCAACUCCCCUGCCGCAAAAGCCGUGGUUGAGCAGCUCCUGAGGGUGAUUAAGGAAGCAGAGGACAAAUUAUUGCAGAUUCCUGCAAUCAGAUCAAUCGGGUCGCUGGCGAGGACAUUCCCUGCAAGGGAGACCCGCGUGAUAGUGCCACUCGUGGAUCGCCUCGGUCAUUGGGAUCCUGAUGUGGCGACCGAGGCUGCAAUCGCUCUCGGGAAGUUUGCUUGCCCUGCCAAUUUCCUUUGCACGGAGCAUUCAAGGACGAUCAUCGAGCUCGAUGCAGUCCCAGGACUGAUGAGGCUUCUGAGGAGUAGUGAGAGGGCACAGUUUCACGGGCUGGGCCUGCUCUGCUACCUCGCUCUGCAUUCUGGGCACAACGAGAGGCUGGACCAGGCCAGGGUCCUCACGGCUCUGGAGGGGGCGGACCGGUCCGUGGCGGCACAGCAUCCCGAGCUGAAGGAGCUGAUCGUGAAGGCUAUGUACCACCUCAAGAUGUAUCAUUCUGUCGGGCAUUCUCAGAGGCUGUCUUAUCCUCCUUAGAAAUCCUAUUUCCGGUGAGGUAUAUAAACAAUUGUCCAUAUAGAAGUAGACAGGAUUGUCAAUAGAAAGAACAGCAAAGGAGCUUAGAGUGAGACUGGUAGUGAUACCUUGAAAGCACAGUUUAAAGUUUUAAUCUCGUAUGAACAAAAUAUCAUCUCUCCAUUAUUUAUCUUCCGGA